AUGGAUAAACAAUGUAAAAUAUAUAAGUCGAAGGAGAUAGUUUACUCCAGGGAUCCCAACGAUAAAAAGAAAAUCAUAAAUGGGUAUAAGAUUAUGAAAAUAAUUGGGGAAGGAUCAUAUGGGAAAAUUAAACUAGCAAUUAAGGAUAAUCAAGAAUAUGCAAUAAAAAAGAUUAAUAAGUUUAUUCUGAAAAAGAAGAAUAAAAUGUACAAGAAUCCCAAUGGAACUACCAAGUAUGUUUCAUUGUUGGAUGAAGUAUACAGAGAAAUAGAAAUUCAUCAAAAAUUAGAUCAUCCAAACAUCGUCAAGAUGCUUGAGAUAUAUGAUGAUGAAGAGAGAGAGAAAUUGUAUGUGGUUUUAGAAUAUGCAGAAAUGGGGCAAAUUUUGAAAUGGGAAAGCAAAUAAGAAUUAUUCACAGCUCCAUGGAAAUUCGAUGAACUCACAUUCAAAGAUUAUGCCAAACAAAUGCUGACGGGAUUGCAAUAUCUAUAGUAAUAAUAUGUUGCACAUCGAGACAUUAAGCCACACAAUAUACUAUUGACCAAAAAUCAUCAGAUUAAAAUAUGUGAUUUUGGAUCUGCUCAAUAAAUGUCUCCACAAAAUGACAGAGUAAAAGGUACUGAAGGAACAUUUCAAUUUGUUGCUCCAGAAUGUUUAAGAGAAAAUAAAAAAAGUGAAAUUCCAGGCUAUAGUGGUCAUCUGGCAGAUGUUUGGAGUUUAGGAGUUGUGUUCUAUUGUGUAGUGGAAUUGAGAUUGCCAUUUCAAAGUGAGAUAAUGUUGGAACUAUUUAAUUAGAUAGAAACUAAAGAAAUUACAAUGAAAUAUGAUGGACCUGCAAAAGGUGUGAUUCUCAAAAUGUUGACUAGAGACACUAAUGAAAGACCGAAUGCAACCUAGUUAUUAGAGGAUCACAUAUUUUUAAUGAUUUAGUAUCGUAGUAGCAUUUUUAGAUAUAAUUAAUUCUACAAUCACAUCAUUUUGCUCAAGUACUUCACUCUUAAAUUCAUUAUAAAUGUUAUACUCUACAGGUUAAUAUUCUGA